AUGAGUGAAGAAUCCAUCAUCCGUAUUCCCCCGUACCACUACAUCCAUGUGCUGGACCAGAACACCAACAUAGCCCGCGUGGAGAUCGGGCCCAAGACCUACAUCCGCCAGGACAAUGAGAGGGUGCUCUUCCGUCCAGUCUGUAUGGUGAUGGUGCCACCCCGCCACUACUGCGUGAUUCAGAACCCGGUGCUGAGGGACGAUACCCGAGCCGUAGAGUUCGAUAACGUCGGACAGGCCAAACUGCGACAUGGAGACCAGGAGAUCCGACUGACCCAGGAUCCCUUCCCCCUUUACCCGGGGGAGGAGUUACAGCUGAAUGUCCGACCGCUGACCGUGGUCCUCGCCAACACUGCGCUGCACCUGAAAGCGCUGCUGGACUUUGAAGAUGACAGCGAGAAGUUUGUGGCGGGUGAUGAGUGGCUGUUUGAAGGCCCAGGUACCUACAUCCCCCGGAAGGAGGUAGAGGUGGUUCAGACCUUCCAAGCGACUGUCAUCCGCCACAACCAGGCCAUCCGCCUUCGUGCCCGCAAGGAAUGCCAGGACAGGGAGGACCAUGCCCGGGUCACCGGGGAGGAGUGGCUGGUGAAGAAGGUUGGUGCCUAUCUCCCCCGGGUGUGUAUGAAGAAGUCGUGGAUGUUGUGGACGCUUUUGUCUUAACCGACAAGGUAAAUGAUGACCAUUGUGGACUGUACGUAGGUCCGCCAUGA